AUGGCCACGAUCAACAACCUCGACAUCGCCGCUGCCAACGCCGCUAGCGGUACGGCUGAUCAUCCUCCCAAGAGCCCUCUCUCGGAAGAAGAUCGUGCGCGACUGGAACGAAGUCUAGGUCAUCGCCCGGACCGUCACGAGCUCGAGGAGAAGAACAUCCUCAAGCCUGGCAACCUAGCCCCUUCUCUGCAAGCUGCUCGCGACGAACUGCAAAAGUCGCAACUCGCCGACAAGCUCGAAGGACGACUUGAGCGUCGCCCUGAACGCGACGACCUAGUGUCCAGAGGAAUCCUCAAGGACCAAUCGGUGGCACCUUCUCUGCAAGCCAAGCGAGAUGAACUGCAAAAGAACCAGUUGACAGACAAGCUGGAAGGAAGACUCGAGAGGAGACCCGACAAGAACGACCUCGUCAACCGAGGUAUCCUCAAGGAUCAGUCAGUUGCACCUGCUCUGCAGGGAAAGAAAGAGGAGCUGGAGAGAGCUCGCCUCGAAGACCAACUGCAGAAGGACCUCGAGUCCCGGCCCAACGUAGAUGCGCUCCGACAGAAGGGUAUUCUCCCGCACCAGGAAGAAUCGUAG